AUUGGGUAUUGAAGUUGGAGGUUGCUUGAAAGUCUCAAGGUCAGUUGGAAUGCCAAGUUAUGAAGUAAUAUCACCUCAAGUUGCUUGCCCAACAUGUUCCGGAGCAGGCUACGUGCGUAAAGAUUCCAGAGCAGAGUAUGUGGCUUUAAUACCUCUGACAGACCGACGUCUUCGGCCGCGUAGAAUAUGCCUUAAACUUUUUGGGUCUGUAGUGAUCUGCUCCUUAGUAUUUAUACUUUUAUUGGUAUUUCUCUUUCCGCGAACAAUCUCUCUGAGAAGUUCAGCGUACAAGUUAAUUACGAUAAGUGCCAUUGCCAACAUGCAAGAUAAUUUGAUAGAUCUCACAGUGAUUAACCAAAUUAAUGUAUCAAAUCCUAACUUUGUUCCAACCACAAUAACUAAAAUAAUUGUGUCUCCAAAAUACCGUUCAGUGGAUCUACAGGAGACUGUUAACAAUUCCAUUCAGAUGCUACCGCUUCGCUCCGAAACUUUACUGAAUGUGACAACGAAGUUACUCUUUGAGCAUAAACAUUUCGAUGUAAUAUUUAGUUACGAUCGGUAUUUAAAAAUAGAUGGGCAGGGAAAGGAACAAGAUUUAGUUAAUUUCAGUAAACAAAUUCAUGUAUAAUUGUGUCUACUUCACAGCUGAUUCCACUGGAACUUCGUGUGACAGUGUUGUUUAACAAGGGUUACGCUUCGAAUGUGGUUUGGCUUAUGCUUUGCAACCCUGUUAUCCAUUAUGCCCACUCUUUGCGACAGUGCUUCACUCUACUUAAUUUAGUGAAUACUACGGGUUUAAUACAGCAAACCUAAAUUAUGUCUUAUGAAAUUACCUUACUUCCAUGAUAUAUACGUAACUUUUACCUUUCAUGUUAGUUAUACAAUAUUAUGGCAAAAUUUUGAUGCAUAUCUUACAAUUAUGCCAUUAGUUGAUUGUUAUCCAACUAAUAUGAAUAUAUCGAAUAUAGAAACUUGAUAAGGAAUAUAAAGCGAGAGAGAGAAAGAAAGAGAUCCACUAUAUUUUCAUUUAUGCUUAAAUAGAUGUUUUUUUUUCUAAUUUACACCUUUUUUGUUUUUAUUUCUUUUCUUUAUUUUUUCUUCCUUUUUUUUCGUUUCAAAUCAUUGAUGAUUUUAACGUUUCGUAAUUUUAAUCUAAUUGCAUCUACUAAGAUAGAUAGAUAGAUAGAUAGAUAGAUAGAGAGAGAGAGAGAGAGAGAGAGAGAGAGAAGAAUAUCAUCAUCCUCAUUAUCACCAUGAUAAUCAUGAUCAUCCCUUUCUUUUUAUUACUUCAUUUGUAAAUUAAUUGGCAAUCAUUAUCAUCAUCAUAAUAAUAAAGAUAUAAGUGAUUUGUAAAUGUAUUUCUACAGGUUAAUUUGUUAAAAUUUAAUUUUUCAUAUGAAAACAUGAGAAAAUCAGACUGGCUUUAGAUAUAGUUGCGGCUGCAUCGAUCAUAUAUAUUCACUAUUUGUCAAGUUUUAGAAUACAGUUUAUUGUUUAUUGGCGUCUGACGAUGAUGAUCUUUCUUAACUUUGUUGAACAAGAGUUUCUGUUAUGACUUUAUGUCCGGCUAGUUAUCACGUGAUUUAUCCACCAA